AUGGACGACUCGUUUGUUGGAAUGUCCGGUGGAGAAAUUUUUCAUGAGAUGAUGCUCCGUCAAAAGGUCGAACAUAUCUUUGGCUACCCUGGAGGUGCUAUUUUGCCCGUAUUCGAUGCAAUCCAUGAAUCAGAAUACUUCAAGUUUAUCCUUCCUCGUCAUGAACAAGGUGCAGGACACAUGGCCGAAGGUUAUGCUAAGGCAACUGGAAAGGUUGGUGUUGUGUUGGUAACUUCAGGUCCAGGUGCAACAAAUGUGGUGACUGCUAUGGCAGAUGCCCUUGCCGAUGGAAUUCCCCUUGUUGUCUUUACUGGGCAGGUUCCCACUGGCGCUAUUGGAACUGAUGCUUUCCAAGAAGCUGAUGUGGUCGGUAUCUCUCGUGGUUGCACCAAGUGGAACGUAAUGGUGAAGGAUAUUGCCGAAUUGCCUCGUCGCAUCAAUGAAGCUUUCACCAUUGCCACAUCUGGCCGUCCCGGUCCAGUCUUGGUCGACCUUCCCAAGGAUGUUACCGCUGCAAUCCUCCGUCGCCCUAUCCCCACAAACGCUUUCAUCCCUGCUCGUCCUACCGCAAUCCCUAACACUGCCAUCGGUGCCUUUACUGAAGAUGCCCAGGUUAGACCCGAACCUUUGUUGGAGAAGGCUGCCGCUCUCAUCAACAUGGCCAAGCGUCCUGUAAUCUAUGCUGGUCAGGGUGUUCUUGGUCAUCCCGACGGCCACAAGAUUCUUGCCAAGUUAGCCAACGAUGGUAACAUUCCUGUCACUACUACUCUCUGUGGACUUGGUGCCUUUGACGAGAUGGAUCCCAAAUCUCUUCAUAUGCUCGGUAUGCACGGUUCUUGUUAUGCCAACCUUGCCAUGCAGAAUGCAGAUUUGAUCAUUGCCCUUGGUGCCCGUUUCGAUGACCGUGUCACUGGUAACCUCAAGCUGUUUGCCCCUGAAGCUGUCAAAGCUGCCAAUGAAGACCGUGGUGGUAUCCUCCACUUUGAAAUCAUGCCUAAGAAUAUCAACAAGGUGGUUGAGGCUACCCAUGCCAUCGAAGGCGAUGUAACCGAAAAUGUGCGUUCUAUGUUGCCUAUGAUCCGCUCUUCAGAGCGCAAGGGCUGGUUCGAUCAGAUCACUGAAUGGAAGGAGAAAUACCCUUGGUAUUAUGAGAAGCCCGUCGAUGAUGAAGCUACUCUUAAGCCUCAGCAGCUCAUUGAAGCCCUCGAUCGCCAAACCAGAGAUAUAAAGGAUAAGGUCAUCAUCACAACCGGUGUUGGACAACAUCAAAUGUGGGCUGCCCAGCUCUUCCGUUGGAGACAUCCUCGUUCUUUCAUUACUUCCGGUGGUCUCGGUACUAUGGGCUACGGUCUUCCCAGUGCUAUUGGUGCCAAGGUGGCCAAACCUGACCAUAUUGUUGUCGACAUUGAUGGCGAUGCUUCAUUCUCAAUGACCGCAAUGGAAUUGGCCACUGCUGCUGAAUUCAAGAUUGGUGUCAAGGUUCUUUUGCUCAACAACUCUUUCCAGGGUAUGGUUAAGCAAUGGCAGGAUCUUUUCUACAAGAACCGUUAUUCUGGAACUACUAUGAAGAACCCUGAUUUCUGCAAGUUGGCUGAAGCUAUGGGUGUCAAGGCUAUCCGCGUAACAAAGACAUCUGAAAUUGAAGAAAAGAUGGCUGAAUUCUUAGCUCAUGAUGGACCUGUACUGAUGGAUGCCGUCGUAUGCAAGAAAGAGCAUCUUUUCCCAAUGGUACCUGGUGGUAAAGCUCUCGAUGACUUUAUCAUCCACCCUUCUCUCGAAAAGAAAAAUAGAUCAACCUGA